ACAAUGUCGUCACACUUUAUGUAUAUGAUUCCGCUUUUAAUGUGCCUGGUGAACAAUAUUAUAUACAAAUGGAUAUUAAUUUUGUCAAGAAUUCAAUAUCUGAUGAAGCCAUUUUGGGAAUUAAUUCACAUGUAUGGACUUUUCAAACAGUUGACAUUAAUAUUAGUGAACG